GCUGGAAUCGUUUUCCCUUCAUUUUCCACCGGAUCAAUUCUGUAUCUUACCGGGAAAGCUGAAAACCUGUACGGCGCUUCUGCGCGAGCAAUAAUGCCAAAUAUGAAUAUCGUCUCCACCAUCUGCGUCACUGGAUUCUCCUUUGUCGAAAACGCCAUUCCAUUGAGGGAGACAGGGCCAUCGGAGCGUAGCCCCUACAGCCCACCCGUCUGCUACUUAGCAGAAGAAAAGCCACCAUCUGUAUCAUUUGCGGACAUCACCCUUAACCUCAUAAAGACACGAGUGCUAGAUGACACUCUCAUGACCCUCACUUUUGAGUCAUCACGACCUGUGGAGAUCAAUGCAAGCCAAAACUGCGUGCUGGAGUUGUCGGAGUUCCUACGCAAACGCUCACACGUGUUGUUGGACUGGGAGGAAGAUGAGAGUACAGUGAACGAUGACUGCGUACGUACCUGGACGGUAUCCACGCCUCCAGCGCCAGAUACACCAUGCACUCUCUCUCUCACAAUGAGAGCGAUCAAAGGCGGCCUUAUUACUCCAAUUUUGUAUCAGCUUGCUCGGAGUGUCGAUCCGCAGCUGACUGGAGAAGAAAUUGAUGUUGCAGGCUUGAAAGUCUGCGCUCGACUACGAGGAGUCGGAGGCGAUCUUCCUGUCCCAGAGCCUCUAGCAGCAUGCGACGGUGGGCGACGGCUGCUGUGGAUCGCUGGUGGAAUUGGCAUCACGCCUUUCCUAAGCUUGACUCGUCAUGUCACAAACCUCGCUGCCCGGGGAUUCGGUAUCUGGGAUGUGACGCUCGUCCUUGCAACGCGGGAGCCGGAGGUCAUGCUCGGGUUAAUUCAGGAAGCGUUCGUGAACAAACCAUCCUGCAAAAUCGACGGCUGCCAGUCGGCGCCCAGCCUUACAUUUUCCAUUCAUGUCUAUUCCCCAAGGCCAUUCAAGCUGCUCGAGCCUUUUCCGCCGUUCGUCUCCCUUAUCCUACACGAAGGACGCCUUGACGACAGUGGAGCUCUUUUUGGCAAUGUAGACGCAAAAGGUCGGGAGUCGCAUAUAUGCGGCCCGUUGCCUUUCGUUCUCAAUGCUAUGAAGUCGCUCCGAGCUGCUGGAGUAGAUCUAGAGCGUGUAAAGCGAGAGAGAUUCACAUAUUGA